GUAUCUUGAGUGGUUGUGUUUUCGCUAUCGAGCAAAAUGUCUCAGGUGUAUGAAAACAUCUUUCGUGACGCUCUGAAAGAUUUCAGAGUUUCGGAGGAUGGCCUGAUUUCAGGCUAUUGUAAUUCGUUGGAGGAGGAAGACCAUGUGAUUCCUCGUAAGAGAUUGAGGAUCAUGGAUACUAGAAAAUCCAACUGCCCAGCAGUUUUAAAUAUGAAGUGUAUAAGGGUGUAUCCUGAUUACAGUAUGCACUCAGCAACUGAACACAGGGAUGCCAAGGCAAAAGUUCUUGCAAGUCUACAGAAAGAUUUGGCAUUGCCAUGCCCGCCUAAGAGCUAUCUACGUUAUUAUUUGACUGCUUCCCCAGCAAGUACAUACACACAUGCUACUGAAAGUGUUGAAGCAAGUGGGUACAUACAUCCUUCACUUGUAAAGGAAAUCAAAAACUUAGUACUCAGUGGCAUGACAUCUCUCAAAGUCAUUAAGUUGGCUCUAGACAGAUUUGUUGAAAUCAAUUUCACUGGGACACACAUACCAGGUCAAAUGAAUACUACCUUUUACCCCACAGAGAAAACUAUUUACAGUCACAUUUAUCGGACCCUUUAUGGUACAAAUAAAGUAUUGUUUGACGAGACUAGACUGCAGAAUCAGGUUGAUGAGUGGCACAAAGACUCGAGCAAUCACAUGAUUUAUUAUAGACAUUGUACGGGAGCCAAUGGAGAAGUGAAACCAUUACUUUUUUGCUAUCAGAGCAGUUGGCAGAGAGAUCUUUUGAAGAAGUAUGGGGGUAGUUGUUUGUUAGAUGCAACAUACAAAACAACAACAUAUGAUAUUCCUUUAUUUUUUAUAGCUGUGAAGAGUAAUGUGGGCUAUUUGGUUGUCGGUUUUUUUUUUUCAUUCAGAUUGAAAAUGCAAGAUCCAUUCAUGAAGCACUAGACAUUUUCAAGGACUGGAACAAGGAUUGGAAUCCCCUCUAUUGGGUUACUGAUUUCUCGGAGUCAGAGAUAAAUGCAAUUGAGCAAGCAUUCCCUCAGACAAAAGUUUACUUGUGCCUUUUCCAUCGAAAACAGGCAUGGGGAAGAUGGUUGAAAAAAAAAGGAUAAUCUACGUGUACCAAAUGACAUGAAGACAUUUCUGGAUAUGUGGCAAGAAAUUUCAGAAUCACCAACAGAGAGAGAAUUUAGAGAUCGCGUAGAAGAGUUGCGAACACAUGAGGUUUCUCGGAGAAACGAGCGUGCAUGGCCAUACUUUAAACAGCAAUGGCUAACGGUAUGUGAAAGAUGGGUGAAAGCGUAUGAGGACAAGGGCAGAUUUGCAACUAUUGACACUACAAAUGGAGUUGAAGCCAUGAACAAGGUUGUAAAACAUUUUUUCCUCAAACACAAUUCAGACAGGACUUUAACUGGGGUUACUAAGGUUAUAAUAAACCAGUUUCUUCCAAGCCUAAUUAGAAAGUACUGUCUGCAGAAUUCUGCCAUCAAAGCUUAUAACAAUGAUGUUCCACUGUUUUUGCAUAAAAAAACAAACAAGUUUGUGAAACAUGUCAUGCAGCGAUAUGCAUCAGCAAAAGUUGAGUUAACUGCAAGAUCAGUGAGUAGGAGAUCGGAUGGUUCAUUUUGUGUGGAGAGUGCAAAGUCCAAAAACUGUAAUUAUGUUGUAAACUUUGAUAUACCAGAUUGCAUAUGUGAAGAUUUUCGGAGAUAUAAAUACCCAUGCAAGCAUUUCUGUGCAAUCUUUAUUUUUUACCCAGAGUGGGGUUUUGAUAAAAUGCCAGAAAGUUAUAAGACUAGUCCAUUAAUCUGUCUUGAUGAAAUGUAUGGGGUGGGCUUUAGAAGUGGCUCUUCAGUAAUUUCAUGUGAAGGCAGUAGUAGUGACGAAGCUGUUGAGGAGGCAGUUGAAGCAGCUGAGGAGGCUGUCGAGGUUGAGGAGGCUGUCGAGGUUGAGGAGGCUGUCGAGGUUGAGGAGGCUGUCGAGGUUGAGGAGGCUGUCGAGGUUGAGGAGGCUGUCGAGGUUGAGGAGGCUGUCGAGGCAGCAAAUACAGAUGGUGUUGUUCAAACCCAGAAUAUUCCUUUGCAGCAGUUUGAAGCAAGGGAGCUGUGUAAACAGAUUUUUAAUCUCACAUACAACUGCAGCAACAGCGAAACAUUACAAAAAGUACUUGAAUCACUGAGCAACUGUGUGCAAGAUUUGCAAUUAGCAAAUCCUGAAGUUGGUGGUCUCCCAUUAGCAGUGCCAUCAACUUCCAAACAAUAGCGAAGAACGAUGCCAAAAGCCUUACAAGAUCUGUCUUAAACACAUUAUAACUUCCCAUUUGAAGGGUAAGAAAUGACAGUUUAUUUGAAUUUUAGAUAGCUCUUUGUCUAUGUAAAAUACAAAUAAGCUCCGUCAUUUCUGAUCUUCGAGAUGGAAUGCUAUGAGGUCUUUAUGUUGGUCUCUGCUUUUAAACUUUGUUGCACAUUUGAAUUUCGAAGUAGCAAUAGAUAAAAUAUUAUAAAAAGGAUAGUUGCUACAUUUGUGUGUGUGUGUUUGUGAGUGAGCGAGUGUGCGUGUGCGCUUUUGAAAAGGCCCUUGUUGCCCGAAAGAUAAGUCCGACAGUCUUUUUGUUGUGCCUUUCUGUGACUCAGCAUCUUCACCAUUUGGUGAGCAGCAACAACUAUCCUUUUCAUAAUAUUGUUACAUUCCAUCCUUGAUUUUUCGUUGUUCAUCAGAGAAAAGAUUUUUCUGAGGAAUUAAACUAGUUGGUAGUGUAGAACUUGCAAACUUUUUAAAAUAUGAAGUAAAAGAUUUUAACUUUAAAUUAGGUUAAUUCAAAUAUGGGACAAUGUUGAGAAUUGAAAAGGUGGAAAAAAUAAAUAAGGUAUAUCUUAGUGGCAUUGAGAUGUCGUAUGACUGAUGGAGGAAAGAUUUUGCAUUUCUUUUUCCAAGUAAGAAUGCACUUGCUCUCACUUGCUUCAAUACAUGUCUAGUGAUUCACGUGAAACAGAGAAAAGGAUAGACUGCCCUGUUAAUGAACAUGAGAUUGCCCAGUAUCACUCUGACAGAAGAGUAUGGUGUUUCCUUGAUAUGGUAUCUGGUCAGCAAUGUCAUUGGGACCAAAUGAAAGUUACUGCAGAUACCACACAGAAGCAAUUACUGUUACUGGAAUACCAGUAAUGUUUAUUAAAUUCAGUUGUAAAGUAGUUCUGGGCAUUGCAGCUGGUGAGCAAUGUCAUUGGGCACCAAAAGAAGUUCAGUUAUGAUGGAUUUCUGGCCUUCAGUCCAUGGGAAAAUUCACACCAGAUUGCAUCAAGACUGUUAUAUUCCAAGGAUAUCUUGGAAGAUUGAUAGUAUUCCUGAAGGAAAACAAUCCAUAUAGUAUUUCACGUGUGUAUCAAACUCCAUUUGUUGUGACACAUAAAUGUUUGCAACUUGAUUGUAAUUUUUGAACAGUUUCUCAACAAUCCAAGAAUUUCUUGCAAUGAAAAGUAGACAUUGUUGCUUGGGUAAAGGAAAUACAAAUCACGGUCAAUAUAACUACCUUAUUAACUUUCCACAGAGAAAUAUUUUUCACUACUGCUACUUAAAAAUUCAAAUGUGUGACAAAGUUUGCUUACAGAACUUGGCAUAAAGAUCUCCCUUAUUUGUAUUUUUUAGGUAGCUCUUAUUGUUUGAUCCUUCAAAUGGAAUGCUAUGACCUCCAUGUGAUCUAUUCCUUUGUAGUUAAUUAUCCAUUAAGGCACAAAUAUAUGAACAUUACAAUGAGAGGGGUCUUUAUGCCAGGCCCUGUAAAAGUAAUGGCAUCUUACUUAAUAUUAUUGUUGGGAAUUUGAUGGCACAGCUGUGGGAGACCACAAAUUUCAGGGUUUGCUGCAAAUCUGGCACACAGUUGCUGAGUGAUUGAAGUACUUUUCAUAAUGUUUCACUGUUGAUACAGUUGUAUGUGAGAUUAUAAACCUGUUUGAACAACACCUUCACUUCAAAUUGCUGCAAAGAAAUGGUUAAGGUAUCAGUGUGAUGCUCUAUAUGUGUUUCCUCAACUGUGUCCUCAUUGCUACUGUCUUCAUGUGAAAUUACUGCAGACACUUCUGAAACCAAACCUGUACAUCUUGUGAAGACAGAUUAAUGGGCUAUUCCUGCAGCUUUCUGGUAUUUUAUCAAAACCCCACUCUGGAUAGAAAAUAAAGAUUGCACAGAAAUGCUUGCAUGGGUAUUUAUAUAUCUCAAAAUCUUCACAUGCGCAGUUUGGUAGAGCAAAGCUUACAACAUAAUUAGUCUUUGAACAUUGUACUCUCCAUACAAAACAUUGUCCAACUUCACAUUCACUA